AAUAUAUAUAGAUAUACCAUAUAAUGAUUAUUAUGUUUAGUGCUACCAAUACUACUACCAAUACUACUACUAAAUCUAUGUUUAAUAGUUAUUAUAUUAAUAAUAAUAAUAAUGUAUUAUUAUUUGUCACCAAUUAUUUGUUCAUACAUUGAUGUCCACUACAGCAACACUUGAGAUGUGACCAAAUUGUUUUAGGUGCACAUCCAUUAUAACCAACUAAACCAAAAUAUAUAAAAAACCUACCAGUUCACACAUUUAACCGCCAUCACUACAGUACCUACCAGUCCACAGUGGAUAACAGUUUUAUUUUUGUUUAUAACAUAUAUAUAUAGUGUGUGUCUGGAUAUAUAUAUCAUGUAUUAUCAUAAUCGACAGCAAUCGAGGAUAAUAUUGCUAUUAAUUUAUUAUUAUUAUAAUUAUUGAGACGAUUGUGGAUAUCAUUAUUAUAAUUAUAAUUAAAAAAUUUUUGUUGUGUGGAUAUCUCUCAUUGCAUUUUGUGUUAUAUAUAAAAAAACCAAAAACACAUAUUUGUGACCAAUUUUAUUGUUGUUAUAUAUAUAUAUAUUGUUUGAAAUAUAUAUAUAUCUAUCUAUCCAGUGGUUUCUGCUACACAUACCUGUGCUCUAUCUAUCUGUUUGUGUGUGUGUGUUUUUUUUAUAUUGCAUAUAACCUCCCAAAUAAAAAAAAAGUUUUUUUUUGUUGUUAUUGUUUUAGUAUACCAAAUAGGUUUUCAACAUCACACGGGUGGACACAGGUUAGGGUUAACCCUCCCAUUAAAAAAUAAAAGUCCAGUUUGUAUGUUGAUCCAGUUGUUUAUGUGUGUGUCUAUCUGUGUCCAAUCGAUAGAGCAGCACCCGUAGCCCCAUAAUUAACUUUUAAAAAUACAAACAAUAGUCCAGUGUUGAUUUAAAGGACGGGUGUGGGUGACACGAUUGCACCACCACCGCCUAAACACUGACCACAUUGGCCGAUAGACAAUGGUAAGGGAGACCAGACACUUAUGGGUCGGAAAUUUGCCCGAUAAUAUACGUAAGGACAGGAUCAUCGAACACUUCCAAAGAUAUGGAAAGGUUCAAAAUGUCAAGAUAUUGGCCGCCGGCGAGGCCAGUAACGGGCCAUCGUCUAGUGGCCAAUUGAUUGGCGCGGGCGGCGGCGGUGGCGAUGUUGCACAGGGAGGCGUGUGCGCCACCGUUGCCUUUAUUGACCUGAAAUCGGCUGCCAAAGCGCACAAUACCGAAAACAAAUUGGACGACCGACUACUGAAAAUAUCGUACUACGAGCCGCCGGCCUCGUCUACGGCCGCCCUGUCGGCCAUUUUCAUACACGAGCGCGAGGACGCACACAUCAGGCACCAGAGGCACAGUAGUAGCCAAAGUAGUGCCGCCAUUACCAACAACAACAACAAUACUACCCCCACUAACCCGAACAGGUUAUCAGAUGAUAGACUAUACGAUAGUAGGGAAGGCAGGACAGGUGGCUCACUGAACAACAACAACAACAAUAGCUACGAACGAUUAGACAAUCCUUAUAUAAAGAGGAACGUCGGGUAUUUGGACGACCCUAACGACUAUCCCAACCGAAGCCGAUCUCGUGAUAGACAUUUUAGUCGAAACAUUACUACUACUAAUAAUAAUAAUACAAAUAAUAAUAAUAAUAGUAAUAUUAUUAAUAAUAAUAUUAAUAAUAGUAAUAAUAAUAGUUAUAAUGAUGGCAUAGACAGAAGUCAGAGUCACUUUCGGGCGUACAAUAGGUCCGGCAGCCAAAGCCACUUUGAUGGACAACAACAACAACGAUAUCCAUCAUCAGCUGAACAACUACUCGAUGAUAAUAGUAAUACCUCUACGACGACCACACUAUCGUCAGCAGCCCGAGGAGGUGGUGGUGGCAGCGCACAGGGCGUGGGUCUGCCGCCACUACUACUGGGCUCAGGCGGAAGCGGAGUCGGCGGCGGCGGUUCAAACGUUUUGCUUCAGCAGCGACGUAUGACAUCGGUAACGACGACGACCAGCGGUGGCGUAUCGUCUACGGUGUCGUCGCCGCCGCUCAAGAAGCGCAAAAAGAAGAAGUCGUUGCGUUCGCAUUCGGCUUCUCCGUCGCCAUCCCGUUCCAGUUCGCUUAGUUCGGCGCGCAGUCAGUCGCCAUCGUCCUCAUCAAACAUAUCGACGUCCAGCCACAGCAGCCGAAGCCCAUCACCGGCCAAAUCUCAGUCCCCAUUAUCAUUGUACAGCAGUCGCAAAGAUCGUUCCGGUGGUGGCGGCGGCGGCGGAGGCGUCGGCGGCAGUAACUCAGUGCUAAUAUCGGCCGCCACGACCACCAACAACAACAUCAGUACCUCAUCUCAGGGUUCAAAUCAUACGCCACUACACAAUAGCGCCGCAACUCCCGGUUCCGAUAGUUCAGUUGAUAAAGACGAUAGUCGGCCGUUGGCCAUAUGCGUCAAGAAUCUGCCCGUCAGGUCGACAGACUCGAGCUUAAAAGAUGGUCUGUUCCACGAGUACAAGAAGCACGGUAAGGUCACAAUGGUCAAAGUGGUCGGUCAGGGGACAGACAGGUUUGCGGUCGUAUGCUUCAAAAAGCCGGAAGACGUUGACAAAGCACUGGUCGAGUCAAAGGAUAAAUUGUUUUUCGGCUGCAAGAUUGAGGUGUCGGCUCACGAAGGUAUCGAUGCCGAGGACAACGAUUUUAGGCCACUAGAGGCCGAACUGGACGAACAUCAUCCGAAAGCUACCCGAACGCUGUUUGUCGGCAAUCUUGAAAAGGAUGUGUCGACCAGCGAUCUGAAGGCCCAUUUCGAUCAGUUCGGAGAGAUUAUCGAAAUCGAUAUCAAAAAACAGGCAAACAUGACAUCCUAUGCCUUCAUUCAAUACUCGGACAUUACAAGUGUCGUGAAGGCGAUGCGCAAACUGGACGGCGAAAAUUUGGGCCAAAAUCGUAUUAAACUCGGUUUCGGCAAAAGUAUGCCAACCACUUGUGUCUGGAUUCACGGCAUUAUCGAUACGAUUACCGAUAAACUACUGAUGUGGCACGCUAACCGAUUCGGUACAGUGGUCAACAUAUUGGUGGACAGGCAACGGGGUAAUGCACUAAUUUUUUACGAUAAUGUGGAGUGCGCCCAGAUUGCCGUCCAGGAUUUGAAAGGUCGGGUAAUGAGCGGCUGCAAAAUGCAGGUCGACUUUGCCAGCCGUGAGUGCCAAACAGCUUUCUUCGAUCACAUGGAAAUGACCGGCCAGUUGACACCGACGGAUCGUCAAUGGGAACAACGUAGGCCACUGUCGAACAAUAUCGGCGGUGGCGGCGGCGGUGGUGUCGGUUCAGGGGGUGCUAAUCAGUGGCAAGACUUUGAUCAGUGCUACGAUACACACCCGACGACUAACAAUCGUGGACACAGUCGCUAUCAGUCACGCACAUCGGCCCGCAAUUACAGGCCACAGUCACCUCUGUUUGCACGGAAUCCGCCGGCCGGUUUCCGGGGACGAGCCUAUCAAAGGUUUGCCCCGCAAUCGGCCGACGCCUAUGUCGACGAUGUUGUCGUUGUCGACCAGCGCCGCCAUCGCAGCUAUGAUCUCGAAGACUACGACGACAAUGGCGAACCAUUUCGCGACGACGAUCGGGACAGCUAUUGUCGCGGCGACCGCAACAGCGGCCGCGAGUUGACCUCCGAAACGUGCAGUAAAUCCUAUUCGCCGCUCUCCGGUCGGCGCAGUGAGAGUCCAAAAGACAUUGUCGUAGUCGGCGGCCGACACCGGGACGGCCGCAGCACAAGUCCCUACCAGAAAAGUGAUAUCAUCAACAAAUUGGACACUGACCUAAAGGACCGGUGCUCCAGUCGACGGCCCAGUGAUGACGAAUGGAAGUCAGCGUCAAUUGAAUCGCUGGACGGCGGCCAACGGCGACGACCAAAGCACAAGAGCUGUGAUUCAGACAUUAUAUGUCAUUCGCCACCGCCGCCGAUGGUUCGGAGGCUGAGUCAUAGCAAGAGUCCAAAAGACAAACAACUACUACAACAACAACAUCUGACGGUCAACACCUCAUUAGUGAACAGUAGUGCCGCAACAACUGCCGCCAACAAUACGGCAAUGAAAGGCCAAAAUACACCGCAAAGUCCGACUGCUAGUCCUUGUUCGUCGAGUUUUGCUUCGCCACUUCGUACGGAUUGUAUUGAUGGCGACAUUGACAAAGAAUUUGAGCCGUCGUGCGGCUCAUCAAAUGUCUGGCGACGAAAAUCCACUGAUGAUUCCCAACUUCUUCUCGACAUACCUACCGAACUGAGAUUGCGAUCCGAUUCGGUGUCCGACUCCAGUGAUAACGGUUUCGGUGGCGGCAGCGGCGGUGUCAGUAUCCGCGAGUCGCUGAAACGUAAACGAGUGGACAGCGAAUCGCCGGACACACCGACGUGCAGUAGCGAAGACAUUGGCCAUUUGGAGCGCAAGAAGCGACUGUUGGCCGCCGUCGACAUUGCCGGCCAUAAAGAACGAUCCGGUAGUAAUAGUUCGCAAUCGUCGUCGACAAACGCCUCGUCCAAAGGCAGUACGGGUGGUUCGGCCGCUGGUCGCGACCUCGAAGGACUGGUAGCCGGCGAUCCGAUUAUGUCGCGCAAGUUGGCCAAAUUGCUCAAACGGCGCACCAGCAGUUCCGGCGGUGCCAUCAUCAACAGUGAUAUCAAAUCAAAAGGCAGUGUCAUUAGUCUACUGGAACACUGUAUACAGUUGAGCACCGAUAGCUCCACUCAUCAGCAAUUGGUCGAUAUUAUCGGCACCGAUACAACUACUAGCACUACCACCAUCAACAAUACAUUGACAUCCAAGUUGCGAUCCAAGCAUAAUAAUAAUAAUAAUAGUAUUAUUAGUACAAAGUCAUUGAAAUGCUCAUACGGUUCAAAAGAUACCGGUGCGUCGGUACUGCCCGGUCUCAGGGUAGUCGAUGCUACCACUGCGCUGGUCAACCAUUCGUGGCCCGAUCCCCGUCGGCAGCCAUCGUCUGUUGGCGGUGCACUAUCGUCGUCGACAUGUUCGGUGGCCGCAGCGGCAGCUCUGUCGGCACUGACAUCGCUAACUGCCAGCUCGUGUACCGCUCAACUGUGUUCAACCCAUACAGCCGUUAACUGUAAACAAUUGCACCGAAAACUUGAACGAAGUGACGCAAUCUACGAGAUGUCGUGCGAUUCAGAUGUUUCGGUACUUUCGAGGGUGUCCUCUACGGGCAUCGAGUGCAUCGAUCGGACAUUGAUUACCAAACAGGAUUUGGUGCACACGACUACCCCGAAACUAGACGAACACUGUUCCAGUGAGGUGUCGUCCAGCAGUGAUAAAGCUGUCAACCAAAAGCUACUGUCGCCGACACUGACCAGACUAGUUGUGUCGCCGCUGACACUACCGUUACCCGAGUUUGCUAUCACCAGUAGAGUGGGCACUCCUGUCGCAGUUGCCGUCGGCAGCGGCGGCAAUGGGAGUACGGGCGGCGGUGGUGCCACAGCGUCAGCCAAAGUGGCCAACAUUCCCAUACAGUCGUCGCACGCGUCGCCUAAAAGUACGACAAUUAUGUCACCGUUGGGACAGAUGUCACCCAACAGUGCAGUGCCAAAGAUUAAGACCAACGCCACGACAACACGUGGCAGUGUUGUAGGAGUCGUUGUCGACCAGAAAACACCGACACAAGUAGUAGUAGCGGCAGUGGCGCCGACGCCACCGCAACAGCAGCCGACGACGAUGAUCAUCGACAACAGCAAAGAGAUGCUGGUGUCGACCACUGAUAAUCCCGAUUCCAAUACUACUGGUGUCGAUGCGCUGAUGGCAGCAAAACUGUCGGUCAAACAACAACAACAGCUGGAACCGACAUUUGACGAGAUAUCCGAUCCGGAUAUGUCGCCGCAAAGAUCGCCGUCAAUCGAGGACCGUAUCAAAGCGCUGGACGCCAAGAUUAAUGCCUGGUCCGGGGCUACCACUACGGCCACUACUAUUGUACCGAAAACCGAAAAGACUCCAACCAUUGACUACAGUAAAUAUAAUAUCAAAAAGAAAAGUCAAAUCAAUUCGACUUCGAGUACUGAUUCGCAAAGUAGCGAACCGUCGGAUAUAAUGAAAAAUCUGUUAUCAAAGUCGUCGAUCUUCGAUCAGGACUCGAAACGAUUGGAACUAAUCAAUGAAAAAUACGAACCAAAAGACAUCGCCAACAUUGCAUACGAGCCGUCGCUAACGUCACCGAUAAAUCAUAAGCCAGUGUUCCGGACGAAAGCGGCGGCCAAAGAGUUCUCGACGCCGACGACUCAGCUGCAGUUGUCUUCUUCAUCCACGCAAUCGCAUUCAUCUACAGCUACAGUCGUCGUCACUGCAAACACCGAUAGUCUGACGCCAAAGAGCUCAUCUCUGCAUCACUCAUCCACACAUCAUUCAUCUUCGUCUACAUCAUCAUCGUCUACACUGUCCACUCAUAUCACAUCCACGCAUCACACGACGACUACCGCCGGCAGCGGCACCAACACUGCCAGCGGCGGCGGUAGUAGUCAUCAUCAAUUGAUUCCCGGAUCGCUAACACGCAAACUGUCUGAACCGACCGGCCGAAUACCAUCGGCCAAAAAGGAGCCGAUCACUCCGACUACGCCAUUAACGCCGGCGCCAUCAUCAGCGCCCGCUCGAAGCGUUUCCAAUCCGUUUUCGCCGUUCUCGAGAUCUACAUCGACGUCUUCGUCGUCAUCUGUAUCGGCAACGACACCGACGAACUCAAUUCUGACGUCGUCGUCGUCGACAGUCUCAACGGCAUCGACCGCUGUUCCCGCAGCGACACGUCUGCCGCAAUCAAAUCUAUUGGGCGGACUUAACAUCAAAAAAGAGUCGACAAUACCGGCCAACAGCGGCAGUGCUGUCGGCAAAGAUGUGCCAAAAUGUGCGAAUCGAGAUCCGCGCGAAAAUCGCGAUCCACGGGUCGGACUCAAAAAGGACGUCAAUCUGACGGCUAACGCACUCCUCAAAGACCAGUCGACACUGAAAAAAGACUUGUCUUCUUCUUCUUCUUCUGGUUUACCACUGAAGAACGAGUUCAACAAAAAGGCGUCACAAUUGCAACAACAUUCGGGUUCACUUCCGCCGCAUUUGGCCGCCGGAGGCUUUUCAUCCAAAGCCCAGAACCUGUUUCCCACCACUACUACUACUGUCCAAACUAUCACACAAUCGUCGUCAACGACGCCGAGACCCGAUUUGUUGACUAAAAAGGUUGACAAUUUGCAGAACAAGAAACACUUGACUAACGACGAGACCAAUGAGUCGUCGUCGUCGGAUUGGCAUCGGAUGGCCAACGAUUCCUCGUCGGCUAAGACGGCCAACAAAUUGUCGACAAAUGAUAAACUAUCGAAACAUUCACAGGGAAGUGGUUCCCAAUUGAAGGACACUAACACCACCACUACUACUAGUUCUUCAUCGGAUAAUCUGAUGCAACAAAAAUCACAAAAACAAUUUCAAACAGAAAAGUCUUCGUCGGAUAAGAAAUCGGAAAAGUCUGGCGACAAAAAUGUUGACAAAAAUAAAUUAUUGACAAAUAAAGUGAAGAGCGAUAAGAAGCUUAUGAAGACUCACAAUAACAACAAUAAUAAUAAAGAUAUGAAAGACAACAAACAAUUGUCGUCGUCGUCGUCGUCGAAGAAUGAGUCAAAAGACACUGUAAAAGAAUCGUCAAAAGACAAGGAAAAGUCUGCAAAAAAUAAAUCAUUAGACAUGAAAUCAGACAAGAAGUUUGAUAACAGCAAUAGUAGGGAUUCGUCUGAUAAGAAGUCGUCAUCGAAAGACAAGUCGUCGUCGGAUAACAAUAACAAAGACAAACAAAAGAAGGACAAGUCGUCGAAGUCUGAGAAGUCCGAGAAGUCGUCGUCAAAAGACGGAAAACUGAAGGCAUCAGAGAUUCGGAUGCUGUUGUCUAUACCCGAUCCGGACGAACCAAUCUAUUUCUCGAUGUACGACAAAGUCAAGGCCCGUUCGAGUGCCAACCAGAUUCGCGGUCAAGUGGCCAAAGUCGAGGACAAUGUACGGCAAAAGUUUAGCCAAUUGAAAGACAAACGACACAAACACGAUAACGACAAAAAUCGUACGACCAGUCAGGACACUGAUUCCGAUUCUGAUGAUAGUCUUCGCGAACGUAUUAUUGCAAAACAAAAGAAAUCGUCGCAAAAGAAACGCAAAGUAAUUAUCGAAUCUUCGUCGGAUGACUCGUCCGAUGAUAAUAAUGACGACAACAACGAUGACGAUGAAGACGCCAGUCGUACUUCGCACAGACAACAACAGACGACUAGUAGUCAAAGUAGUCAUCAAAAGUCUUCAUCAUCGAUGCAGUCGUCGUCGUUGCAGAAGAAAAAGUCGAUUACAAACAGUCGAGACAAAGACAGCGACUCUGAUUCGGAUAUUAUGAUUACUAAAUCCAAGAAUACUGUGUCGUCGUCGUCAUCGAAGUUGUCUCACAAAGAGAAGUCGUCAGUCUAUACUACAGACAGCUCUUCAGACGAUGACUUAUUCGAGUCGAUUCUAAGUUCGCCGAAACAUACGAUGGCCAACAAAUUGUCUAACAAAGAUCGGUUCAAAAGUAAACAACAACAACACCAACAGCACAACAAGUCGACCGAUGAGUCCAGCGAUGAUGAUAUGGUUGUUGUCUCACACAAACAACAACAACAACAUCAACAGCAGAUGAAACAGAAAAAGAAAGAAUUGAAGAAAAAAUCAAAGAAAGACAAAGAGUUGUCGCUGUCGUCAUCGUCGACGACAACAACAAAAUCGGAUAAGUUUUCGCUGAAAGAAUUCGGAAUGAAAUCGGAGACUAAGUUGUCGUCGUCGGCUGAAAGGUCUUCUUCUCUAACAUCUGUUGACAAUAAACUGACGGAUAAACUGAAGUCAAAGAAUAAACAACAACAGCAACAGCUAUCGAAAGCUGAUACUAAAGACAUUAUAUCGAAGGAGAGCAUCAAAGACAACAACAACAAAGAGUUGUUGAUGUCGAUGAAGAAGCGCAAAGAUAUCUCGAGUACCGAUGAGGACACCAAACAGUUGAAGUUAGCCAAACGCAAGAAGAAGAAGUCAAAGGCUUCGAAGUUGUCGAAAGAGAAGCGCCACUCGUCGUCGGCCAACAACAGAGAUGAGAUGUCGUCGUCGUCGAAACCGAUGAAACAUUCGUCGGAAUCGUCGACCACUACGACAACGAAACGAGAACCAAAUGAUUCGUCCGAUCACGAGAUGCGGUCGUCGGGAAUGUCGGAGUUUGAGGAACGACUCAAACGCGACUAUCCGGACGUUAAAAGCAGCGAAUCGGAGCACUCGGACAGCGAAACCCGAACCCAUGUCCUGAAGUGCUAUCCGAGCAAAGAGUCUCACAAAGAGUCACACAAAGAGUCACAUAAGGAAUCACAUAAGGAAUCGCAUAAAGAGUCUCACAAAGAAUCACAUAAAGAGUUGCAUAAAGAGUUGCAUAAAGAAAUGCAUAAAGAGUUGCACAAAGAGUUGCACAAAGAGUUGCAUAAGGAGUCACACAAAGAUCCACACAAAGAUCCACACAAAGAGUCGCAUAAAGAGCAUCAAAGAGGUGUUGUCUCGCACACCGAAUGGGAGAAAUCGGAGACAACGAAAGCCACGGCCGACAAAUCGGCUACAUUGGCGGCGGCAGCGACAGCCAACACACCGAAGACGCCGACAAACAAGUUGUCGACAAACAUUCAAUCGGUAACCAAAGCAGCGCAGGACAAGCAGUCUGUGUUGAGUGUCUGCGACAAGUCGGGCAUUAAAUCACCGAAAAAAUUGGUGAAAGAGUCGACGAUUGCUGUCAACACUAUGAAAGAGAUUAAGGAAAAGGAUAAGGAAAAAGACGGCGAAAACAAACAGCGGCCGAAACAGUUUGAACAGAAACUGACCAAAGAGGAGAAAAUGGCGGCCAAAGAGGAAAAACGAAAGAAAUUGAAGAAACAAAUGAAAAACAAAGAAAAAGAGAAAGAAAAGGAUAAAGAAAAGGAUAAGAAGGACAAAGAUGUUGGCAAAGAGUCGAUGAAAGAGUCGUCGAAGUCGUCAUUGCAUGAAAAACCAAAGAAAGACGAAAAAGAGACGACAAGAGAACGAGAGUCGUCGUCGCCCAAGAAGUUGUUAACCGAUACGACAAAACCGAAGACAAAAGACGACAAUAUAUUAUUCAAGAGACGAAACAGUCUGUCGGUGUCUUCAUCGUCGCCAUCGAUAUCGCCGCCGCCAAAGACACCCGAUCUUCAGCUGAUGAUGAAAUCGUCGUCGUCUGCAUCGAUGGCAUCGCCCACUUAUGACGAUCUGUUGGUCGGACGAGAUAACGACAACAGUUCUUCAGGUGACAGCAAAGUGGACGAAGAGAUUCUCGAAAACGCCCGAAUGCUCGAAGAGUGUAUGAUGGCUGACAAGAUAUCGGAUUCAAGUAACAGUUCCAGCGAUGAUCUGAUAAUGUCGACUAAGAACAAUACGGCAUCUGUGCCGGCGAUUGGCAGUCAUCAGCCGACGACUACUAGUCUGACAAAUCUGAUUAAACCGCAGACAACGCCACAACAGACUACUAAAGAGGAUCCAAAAGUCAUACAACAGCGUCGCUAUGAGGAAGAAGCGGCCAUACAGUCGCUACGGUUGCAGAAGGAGCUGAUGGAAGAGCGCAACGAUUGCCAUAGCGACGACCAUCAGAAGGAUAUUAUCAGCAAACGGCCGUUCGAGGAUCUGAUGGCCGAUUUGGCCGCACACAAGUCGAUGCCAAUAGAAUCGUCGCCGUUGUCCUCAUCGUCGUCGAUCGUUAAGACAAAGCCUGUGUCGAUCGAGGAGACAAUGUUUGCCAUUACCACUACUGUCGGCAACAGCAAAGACAUACUGUUUGGUGUCGCAGAUGUCGACACAUUGGCCGACAAGCCUGACGACAAUAACAAGGAAACUGAAUUAUUGGACGACCAGAGAGCCAUUGAAGACGAUCUGGCAGUGGCAGCACUGUUGCAGGACAUGAGUGAUCCGGUAUUCAAGGAUGACUAUAAUAAAGAACCAGAAGAAGAGUACGUACCGCCGGCUGUCGAUCCUAUUGACGACAUGUCGUCAUAUAUGGGAAUGUUGGCCGACGAAGAACCGCCGCUACAAAUUGCCGAAUCGCCUGCACCGGCACCCGAUUCGGUUAACGCCGACGAAACUAAUGCUGCCCUUAGCUCUAUAACCAACGAUGACUUUGGUAUCAGUGCUGCUGACAAGUGUUCGCCGCCGAUGCCGUCGACGCACAUAAAGUCGGAAAUAUCUGCCGAUGAGUUGCGACCAUCGAUUAAGACCGAUCAUCAACAUCUGGUGGUAAUUGAACCGAAACGUGAGAUUAGUGUUGCGCCACUACCACUACCAACACCACCACCACAGCUACCGUUGCCAACUCCGGUGUCUACGACGCCAAUGAUCGACAACAAGAAAGAUGUCGCCAAUGAAUGGUCGACUGCAUUGCGUUUAACACAAUCAACAACACCAACACCAACUAAGACAACAAUUCCGACUAUAGCAACAACAAAACCAAUACCUGUUGUUGUCGAUGACGUUGCGCUUCCGGCAGCGCCGGCGGCUGCUGUUGUUGUCGAACGACAGCACAAUGUCGUCAAGUCGCCAGAGAUUAUUAACUUACCGAAAGAUCAGAAACCAGUUGUCUUCGGCGGCAAUGUUUGCGCCGUUCCGACGGUCAAGUCUGAGCCACAAAUGGCUGAACAACGUAUUAAUAAAUUAGUUGUAGUCGACAACAGUAUUGUUAUUAAACAAGAUUUGGACAACAAGUCAUCUUUGCAUGACUUACACGUCAGUACCGGUAGUAAUGUUAGCGGUAUUGUCGACAAAUUGGAUCAAAAACCGAUAAAGUCGACAACGACGAUACACACCGAAGAGCAUCUAACAAAACCAGUCGACAAUAGAACAGCUGAAGUGCCGCGACUAUUGUCGCCACGACUGGUAAUUGCCGAACAACAACAACCGUUUGUCGGUUCCGACUUACGCGACACUACCCGUGUGUCCGACAAGACUGAGGUUUUCGAAAAAGAUAUUGAAUUUGAUCCAAAACAACAACAACAACAUCGUGAUGUUGUACAUCACAGAGAAACAGCGGUGGUCAACAAAGUUAGCGAACUGCCGCAACAACAACAACAACAAGCGAUUGCGGCGGUCAUUACUACCGACGCUAAAUUGAUGGCCAGUCGCGAUGUCGCCCAUCACGAGUCGAAAGCCGAAGAAAGUCGUGACGAAAGCGAAACGGACGACAAGAAGACCUGCGAACGGCCGAGACGUGGCCGCAGAGCCAAGACUCGCAAGUAUUCGGAAUCGUCGCUACAAUUGCCUCGAUAUGAGACGGGAUGUCUGGCGGGUGCUGCUGGCGGCGCACAACCGUUGUUGACUACUAUGACAACAAUGUCAACUACCACACCAUCAUUAUCGACGACAACACCAACGUUGACACCAUUGCCGCCGCCAUUACCGCCACAGAUACUGACUACUACUCCACCGAAAAGAGGUGCCAAACAAGCAGUUGUCGAACCAUUGCCGCAACGAUCGUUGCGUCGCAGUGGCCGUACGGGAGCUGUCGAGACUACACCCGACGAUCAACAAAAUGACAGCAACGAGUUAUCAGAUACAGACCACAGUCUCAAGAUUGACGAAACACCUGUUCAUGAAGAAGGUGUCAAACGAGUUGGCAAAAGAGGCCGCAAAAAGAAAGUGUCGACCACUGAACUGUUGCCGACACCGACGAUGUCGACAAUCAAAUCGGCGGACAUUAUUGAACCGCAAAAGAAAGAACGUAUAGUAUUGUCUCUACCGGUGCCGCCGCCGUUGUCGUCGUUGUCAUCGGACAAGAGUCAGACCGAACGCAAAGCGAAGAUGUCGUACGAUGUCUACGACUUUCAUGAUUCUGACGAAGAGGACACACCGACACAACUGCAACUCGAAUCCAUACACUCGAAGAGCAGCGGAAGCAGCUCUGACCACUCAAAGAGCAGUAGCACUCAAUCAGUGUCGUCGUCAACGAUUGGUGUCCAUUCGGUGGUUACCGAUACGCCUGCGACGAUAACGGCUCACGAGCCGAUUAUUAUGACCACUGUUGCCACAGCCGGAACCAUCACAACCGGUAAGAAACAUCUGGUUAUUGACGAACCGACGCCUCCCAUGUCAUCAGUGUCGGACAGUCAUCACAGCAGCCAUCCAUUAGUGUCGUCGGCGUCAUCGUCGGCUCACUCGGCGGCUGACCAACAAAUUGCAAGCAAAGAGUACGUCAGCGAAGUAUCACAACACGGAAAGCUGUCAAUUACUAUACGAUUGCACUCGAAGGACGGCCAAGACUCGGGUGCCGAAGUGGUUAAGACGUCCAAAGCAUUACACGCCGAGCCCGACCACUCGUCUGAGACCAACAUUAAGACGAUUCAAUCGUCGUCGUCGUUGCCGACAGCGGCGAUCAAAGUUGGCGGAUCAGCGGAAAUGACUACUGGAGCUAUUGGUACCGCCGCAGCCGCCUCCUCAACAGACACUAGCGGCCAGCAGAGUAAAGCCGUACGCAAAUCGGCCCGUCUGGCCAAGAGUCAAGACCUGAAGGCUACUACCAUUGACGAGACUAUCGAAGAUGUUAUCAAAGGUCAUCAUAAUAAAGAUGACAUCAAUAGUGGUGGUAGUAGUAGUAGUGGUGGUAAGUCAUCGAAACGUAUUACCCGAUCGUCGCGCAAAAGUGAAGAAUUGGUGGUCGACUUGGGUGUCGGUGACGACCAUAACGACGAUAAUAAAAAUGUGUUGCGCUCCUACCGAAUAACACGUUCAUCGACCCGGGGCUCCAUAACGGCCGAGUCCGACGGCAACAGCAAUGACCAUACGGCCCAACCGACGGCCAGCACCAACACCACUACCUCUAACAACAACAACAACAUUAUCACUACUAACUCUACAUCGACCAUCACUCUUAGUAGUAGUAGUAGUAGUAGUGGUGAAACUACGGCUAUUAUACCUGAGUCGCAAACUACAACAGUCCUACCAGUGCAUCGCCGAUUACCACCACAAGGCUCGGCUACCGUACCGGUGCUCAAAGUGGAACUACCAAAGAUUGCAACAUCGGUUGCCGCUACCACUGUUACCACAGUCAACAACAAUAACAACAAGACCACUGUUGACCAGAAAAAGAAAGCUAUCGACGAUAGUGUGCUGUGCGCUACUAGUGCUGGUGGUGUCGAUAGUCUAGUAAAACCAUCGGACUUAGCGGUGAAGCCGGUUAUGGCCAAAGAGUUGGUCGAAACUAAUACCACUACAACCGGCAGCGUUACUACCAUCGAUGCGGACGACUCGCGCGGAGCCAGUCCUGCAGUACUCAUUGAUCCCGUUACCGGUCUAUUGGAACCGGUAGGUCACCAAAAGAAAGCCUUCGAACACACGGCUGUCAUACAGGCGUGCAAAUCGCAACAUACCAGUGCCGCUGUUGUCACUCCGGCAACCGUUAUCGCUGGAUCAGCGAUAUCAUCGUUGGUCAACACCACCACCGCCACUAAUACAAGCGCUACGAGUGUUAUAACAGCACCGAUUGCACCCAUACCGUCGGUAAUUACCAGUACCAACAUUCAGGACAUACCGAACAUAUCGGAGCGCAUUCACGGCUCGACAACUGCCGUCAAACUGAAGACUGGAAAACCAUUUAAUUUGCCCGAUAUUGACAAACAAGCAGUUAUUACCAGUGCGACAACCAGUCCAUCGGUAUCCACUAUUGUACCGAUAACGCCGACUACACCGGCAUUUACAUCUACUAUGGCCACCAAAUCGCCGGUAAUCACCGAAUCUGGCAUUCAAAUGACACCAGCCAUAACAUCGGCGGCUACUCUACCGCCACAUUCGCAACCUAUAACUAUAACACCGAAAUAUCCGCCACCAGUCGGUCAGCCACUGGUGCCAAUUGCUCAGCCAAUGCCGGGUCAAUGGCCGCAAAAUUUGUCGGUUCACACAACACAGUCAGCUCUAGCACAACAACAACAACAGAGACAAAUAUUUACAACACCACCGGUCACUCAACAUCACAGACCGUCCAUCACGUCAUACCACGAUUCCGGCAAACAGUUGAUCUCAACACAGCCGACACCACAACCACCUCCGGCUCACUCGAAGCUAACACUGGAGCCCAAACCACCGGCACCAUCAAUGCCGACCAGUGUUGUCACAAGUCAUACAUCGAUGGCUAUCGAGUCGUCGCUAAUGUCACCGCCAGUACAUCUGAAACACGAGUCUUCAUCGUCAUCGCGACGCGACUCUAUUGGCGGCAAAACAUCGUCGCGAGUCGUUGUCGACAAAUAUGCCGGCGUACAGGUUGCCGGUUAUCCGGCACCGGCUCACGAGGCCAGUGUCCACUUGCAGGCGGCAGCCAAUCGCGGUGUUAUCGAAGAGUUGCUACAAAAUCAACACCACAUACCCCGAGAACACCAGAAGGAGUUCCUCGAACGGGUCCAAAGGGAACAGCUAAGAGAACAGGAGAAAGCACUGAGAGAACAUCAACAACAGCAACAACAGUCGUCGCGGGAACGGUCAAUGACACCGGCGACUGGCGGCCAUCACGACGGAAAUCGCAGUGGUCCUGGCCAACAGCAGUCGGCUACACCUGACCCACAAUCGGCUCUACCGCCGCAUAUGGCCGGACUGUUACGACCGCCCAGUCAUUCGGCUGCAGCAGCGGCAAUGAUGGGUAUCAAUCCGUUAGCCGUAGGCAUCCAUCCGAACGAUUUGCAGGCAAUGAUGGCCAACGAUUUGGUUCGCCAGCAGAUGAUGCAAAUGAUGAAUCCGUACAGCGGUCUGCCCAACGAUAUCCGGGCCCGACAGGAGGCUCAGAUUCGGGCAGCGGCCGCUAUGAACAUAUCGCCCCGAUUUGUCUAUCCGCCCGGCAACUUUCAGAUGCCGCUGGUACCCGACUCGAAAGUGGUCGCUCACGAAUUGAAAGAACGCGAACGCCGCGAUCAGGAGGAACGGGAACGUGUGUUGCGCGAUAAGGCCAACAAACAGGCUAAAGAAUCGGGCCGCGAAUCGGUCGGACGAUUGUCUGCUCGGGAACAAGACGAACAGGACUAUAAGGCGGCACUGCAACGACAGGCCGAGGCCGAGAUCAAGCGUCAGGCCGAGAGUACACACGAACGACUGUUGUCGGCAAUGCAACCGCCGCCGCCGUUGACACCGUUGCGCAUACCGCCGGGUAUGGCAUAUCCACCGCCAGGUAUUCGGCAGUUUGCUCCGCAUAUGCUGUCGCCGCACGAACGCUAUACGGAUAGUCCGGCCAUUGUUCACGGCUACGGCGCUGUACAGGGACGGCCGUCACAGAUGCAGCCACACCAACAGCUGCAGCAAAGAGCCGAAGAACUGAAACAACAGGAACUGAUGCGCCGGUCGCCAGUAGUCAAGCUGGACGAUAGCCGAAAAUAUCAGGCGGCGUCGGCGGCCGAACUGAACGCAAUGAACCAACGACACCAAUUGACAUCGCCAUUGCCGCAGUACUCGAUGCAACCGCCCGCUCAUUCGCCGGGUGCACUGUCCUAUCGUAAAGAAACAACACGAUCACCGAUGCCGCCACCAAACGACGUGGAGGCACUUAAAAAGCAAAUGAUGGCACAACAAUAUCCUCAACAGAAAGAGAUGUCGGGCCAAUCGCCCGGUCCGUUGGCAUUGAAUAUGCAGAACCAACACACCCUUCAGCAGCAACUACAGCAGCAGCAACAGCAGCUCCACAACCAACAACUGAGCCAACAGGAGGGUCUGAUGCGUCGAUCGAGUACUAUGCAUCCGACACCGCAAAUGGGUUCCGAACCGCCCAUUCACGGACCACCGCCACCAGCGCAUGCCGUUUCCCAGCAACAAGGACCGCAUCACCAGUCCAUGGCACUGGCCGGUCCCCAACACGCCAGCCAAGUGCCACAACACGGCGACGCCCUACUCCAGCGCUAUCCGGUUAUGUGGCAGGGAUUGUUUGCCCUGAAAAACGACCAGGCAGCCGUCCAGAUGCACUACGUGUCGGGCAAUGCCCGUAUCGCACGCGACUCGUUGCCACCGUUUACCGAGGGAGGCGUAUCACCGUUGAGAAUAGCCCAACGUAUGCGCUUAGAGCCGCAACAACUGCAAGGAUUGGCCCGAAAGAUACAGUCUAUCGACGAACACUGUAUACUACUGGCCCUACCGUGCGGUCGCGAUCAUAUGGACGUACUCCAGCAGUCCAACAAUUUGAAGACUGGUUUCAUAACCUAUUUGCAAAGCAAACAGGCGGCCGGUAUUGUCAACAUGAACGCACCGGGAACUCAACAGCCGGCCUAUGUGGUCCAUAUAUUCCCGACGUGCGAGUUCUCGCAUGAAAACCUGGUGCGCAUAGCGCCUGACCUAUUGCACAGUCUUCAAGAAAUAUCACAUCUAUUGGUAGUGAUUGCAACCGUUUAAGACACUAACGACGACAACAACAACAACAACAAAAUAUAUGACUGACUGACCAGAUUAUUGAUGACAAUGACUAUGAUUAUGACAAUAACCACCUGACAGAGUACCUAUCUUUGAUAAGGAACGGGAUAUAUACACACUAAACACACAUAAAUACAGUGCACUGCCAUUAACUAAUUAAUUGGUAAUAAUUGAUUAGUAAAACAAAACAGAAAAAGGACAGGGAUUAUAUAAAGCGUGCGAUCAUUAAAGCUAUACCUACUAUUACUACACAACCGGGAAUCAUAUCACCAUUACAUACCAAACCAUACCAUACCAUACCAUACACACCCAACACAUCAUCAUUACAUCAUUCAUUAAUAUCAUUCAUUCAUCAAACCAUUUAUAUAUAUAAAAAAACUAAAGAUAUCAUUCAUUUUUAUUUCAAAAAACUAAUUAAAAAUUAAUUUUUUAAUUAAAUCCCUAUAAAAUGAUAAA